CUCCGGACAUCACUACCGACGCACCAUGUCUGCUGGAAACGCACGUAUCGGAAAGCUUGCGCCGGACUUCACUGCCACGGCUGUGAUGCAAGAUGGACAGUUCAAAGAUCUUAAACUCUCCGACUACAGAGGAAAGUAUGUCGUCUUCUUCUUUUAUCCUCUGGAUUUCACAUUUGUCUGCCCCACGGAGAUCAUUGCGUUCAGUGACCGUGUGGAAGAGUUCAAGAAGUUAAACACCGAAGUCAUUGCGGCCUCGGUGGACUCUCACUUCUGUCACCUGGCAUGGACCAGCCAAUCCAGGAAGGACGGCGGUUUGGGUCCCAUGAAGAUCCCCCUCGUCUCAGACAUCCGCCGCACAAUCGCUACAGAUUACGGCGUCCUUAACGAUGACCAAAUCUCAUUCCGGGGGCUCUUCAUCAUAGACGAGAAGGGGAUCCUGCGACAGAUCACCAUUAACGACCUGCCCGUCGGUCGCUCUGUAGAUGAAACGCUACGACUGGUGCAAGCUUUCCAACACACAGAUAAGUACGGAGAAGUCUGCCCGGCCGGAUGGCAGCCCGGAAGUGACACCAUCAAACCAGACGUCAAAAAGAGCAAAGAAUUCUUCUCCAAACAAAAGUAACGGCGGGAAGUGCUGCCCUACGUAGUCGGCCGCCCCGGCCAUCCCCCUUUUGCUGUGUAGAGUGAAAAGUAUUUUGUAGUAAAAUAUCUUAUAAAGGUGGUGAUGUCACUGGUGUAGAUGGCGUCAUUGCGGUGACAUCGGCAAUGCCUGUCUCGUAGGAUGGCGGAGUGUCCGCGGUGUAACGUUCUUGUCUUGUCACACUUUUGAAUAUUUUGUAAAAUACCAAAUAAAGAUCUGUGUGAGAUCGGC